CCCCGCCGCAGCGCCAUGGUUUCCUGGAUCAUCUCCAGGCUAGUGGCUUAUAUUUGGCACUCUUUACCCUGCGUACUACUCUUACAAAGCUGUAAAAUCAAAGGAUAUUAAAGAAUAUGUAAGUAGCACUUCUGGGAGUAUCCUGUGGCAGCAGCCAUAGGAUCAUUAAGGUAAAAUGGAUGAUGUAUUGGAUCAUAUUUGCACUCUUCACAACAGCAGAGACGUUCACAGACAUUUUUCUUUGCUGGUUUCCAUUUUAUUAUGAACUUAAAAUAGCUUUUGUAGCUUGGUUGUUGUCUCCAUACACAAAGGGCUCCAGUCUCUUGUACAGAAAAUUCGUACAUCCAACACUGUCUUCAAAAGAAAAGGAAAUAGAUGACUGCCUUGUCCAAGCAAAAGAUCGAAGCUAUGAUGCCUUGGUGCAUUUUGGGAAGCGGGGGCUAAACGUUGCAGCCACAGCUGCUGUGAUGGCAGCUUCCAAGAUCUCCCAGUUCCUACAUUUUCUCUUGUAUUUGGACCUGAAAGAAGGGCAGGGUCAAGGAGCUCUAUCGGAGAGACUCCGGAGCUUUAGCAUGCAAGAUCUCACCACUAUUAGAGGAGAGAGCAGCAGCACUGUGACCCCGCCUCCUCCCGCCCCAUCCAGUUCCAUGCGGACAAGUAGCAAGCAGAGCCACCCCAAAACAUCCAAAAGUGCUUCAGAAAGCAUUGGACGCUCAGCGUAUGCAUGUUGUUCGGUUUGCCAAGUUGUCCAAGUGGUUGAACUAGAGGGUGAGGCAGAGAGUGAAAAGCCACCUGAGGCAAAGUUUGAACCAACUGAAGUUGUGUUCUCAGAUGAUGAAGAGAACGACUCAUUGGAUUGUGCAUCCAAGACUAAAAGGCCUAAAAAGAAGGAUCCAGUAAUUGAGGCACCUCCUAGGAGCCUUAGACCUCGUUUCAGGAAAAAAAGUACCUCAUCUUCUACCACUGAAACCAUGGGGGUGUGACGAGCCAUUCGCACAGAGUUCUACAGAAUGUCUCUCUUCUGCCUUAAAAGAUCUACUUUGUUAAUAAUGUAGGGGGGGAACCAGUGGUGAGAUGGAUGUGCUUGUGAUAUUGCAGCAUUGUAAACAUGGUCUUUCAUGCUUUCCUUUUCAUAUGCUGUUUGUUCCCCAAUCAUUUGCGUGGCAUUGCAAUCAAACAGGCAAAAGCAAUGCUUCUUGCUACCCUCUGGAUUUCUUUGCAGGAUAGCAAUUCUUUCAGCUGCAGCAGCGAGGCUGUACAUUUGAAAUUAAUAGUUACAUCACCUUAGUUCUAACUUUGUGAAUACAAGCAGGAAAAGAAUUGUUCACCAAUUCUAAAUACUUGGAAUAAUCAUAUUUAUUUGGGGUUUCAUUCUGUAUAAAGUUGACUGGCCAAGGUCACGGAUUUUUCGACCAGAGUUGUCUCCAUCUUACCUUUAUAACAAGACUGUGAAUGAUGUAAGAAAGCAUUAAUUAUUUUACUGUACAGGUACUGAAGACUUAAUAACAAAUCUGAGCUACAUCUCAUUUCCUAGAAGUCA